UCUGGAGAGAGAGAGAUGAAGGAAAUUCAAAUUCCCAGGAAAAACUCUACGCGCUCAUCUGAUCCCGCAACGAAGAGGAUCAUCAUCAAGGAUCCUGAGCUCAAGAAUCGAAAGAGACAGAGCGCAACCGUCGGAAGCACGAAGGAUCCAUCUGAUUUCGAUCCGAUCUAUUUCGCGAUCUCCGAUCACGAAGCUGAGAGUUUCCUGCAAGGAUCGAGUGUAGACCUCUUACCAACGCCAGAGAUUUGUGACGACGAAUCUCCAGUUUCAACCGUUACUGAUGAUAAGGCUUUUCACGUCAUCGACGCUGCGAUUGCUGCGGACUUGCCUGCUUCUGUGCAGUCCUUGCGCGACGAGAUCAGCGACCUGAAGAAAACGAUCUGUUCAGUUGAGAGUUCUGAUGAAAGUAAACGGAUCGAUGGAGCUGUUACUCUCAAGUUCCGCGUUGUGGUUUUCGCUUUCGUCCUUUGGGCUCUCUUUGCUGCGGUUGUGGUCGGAGUCAGCUCAGGAGAGGAGGUUGCUUACUCUGGACCACUUCCAACUUGAAGGAUACAAAGUCACAACAAUCCAUUGAUUCUGUGAAUCGUCAGGAUCUUGGGUGCUGUCACUGAGAAACCAGGGGCCAAAAACUCAACUACUUAUUCGGAAGCCAAGCAUGUAAAAGGUGGAAGCAUAUACAUAUGGAAACAAUUCUACAGAUAAGUAUUUCGUAUUUGUUCUCUGAACAGUGUUGAGCUGAUAUUUCUAAUUGAUAUUGGCAACUUUAGUCUUAUUUAGUGGUUAAUAAUUGAUAUGUUUAAGAAAGCCCUUUAAAAAGAAACAAAAUGUUAUCUCAUCAAUACUUCACU